GUAUUGGCUGUUGUUGCACGAUGAUGUUGAUAUAAUAUGACACAGUUUUAACAGGGUCGCUGUUGUGUUUAAUGGUGGGAAGGGCGUGUUAUCGACUCCUGCACGGAAAGUUGGCAGCGGGUGAGAGCGAGGAGCGCACGAAGCUGCUGGCUGGGGUGUCAGUUUUUUUAGGACAGGAAGUUGCCGUGUGCGGUAGAGUGGAAGAUAAAGGGGGAAGCGCAUCUCACUUGCAAUAAAACAAAACAGUCAGAGACGUCGCCCGUUGGUAAGAAGAAGAACAGACAUGGGGAACCGUGUGGCCCGAGACGAUUAUGAGUGGGUUUACACUGACCAGCCGCACGCCGACAGGAGGAAAGAGAUUUUGGCUAAAUAUCCUGAAAUAAAAUCUCUUAUGAGCCCUGAUCCGAGGUUAAAAUGGAUAGUCUGCAUGAUGGUUGCAGUGCAGUUUUUAGCUUUUUACUUCGUAAAGGAUCUGGACUGGAAGUGGGUUCUGUUCUGGACUUACGCCUUUGGCAGCUGUGUGAACCAUUCCAUGACGCUGGCCAUCCACGAGAUCUCCCACAACGCUGCGUUCGGCAACACCCGGGCCCAGUGGAACCGCUGGUUUGCCAUCUUCGCCAACCUGCCCAUUGGCUUGCCCUACUCUGCCUCCUUCAAGAGGUAUCACCUGGAUCAUCACCGCUACCUGGGCGGUGACGGCAUCGACGUCGACAUUCCCACCGAAUUCGAAGGCUGGUUCUUCUGCACACGCUUCCGCAAGUUUGUCUGGAUCAUCCUGCAGCCUCUGUUUUAUGCUGUGCGGCCACUCGUCAUCAACCCUAAGCCAAUCAGCCGGCUAGAGAUCAUCAACCUUGUGAUCCAGUUCUCUUUCAACGUUGGGCUCUACUAUCUGUGGGGGGCUAAGCCACUGGUCUACAUGAUGGCUGGCUCCUUGCUCGGCAUGGGGCUACACCCCAUCUCUGGCCACUUCAUUGCAGAGCAUUACAUGUUCUUAAAGGGACACGAAACUUACUCGUACUACGGCUCGCUCAACCUGCUCACCUUCAACGUGGGAUACCACAACGAGCACCACGACUUCCCCAGUGUUCCUGGCAGGAGGCUGCCCCUGGUAAAGAAAAUUGCUGCAGAGUACUAUGACGACUUGCCUCAGUACACUUCGUGGGUGAAAGUGCUGUAUGAUUUUAUUAUGGACGACUCGCUGAGUCCCUACUCUCGUGUCAAGAGAAAGCUGAAGGGUGAGGUGAAACAGGAAUGAGCCCUUCCUGCCAGAUUGGAGAACUGCUUAAAUGAUCACAAUUACCUAAUGGCUUGCACAGGGUUCAAAACCACAUUGUUACUGUUGCAUGCAUCUCAUUUACCAAGAACAACUAAUGUUAUCUUAUUAAAAAUGAGCUAGUUACAGUCCUGAUUGCUUCUGUGUGUAAUCAGUUAUUUUUUAUUGAAUAUGCGUUCAUUAAUGAGCGCUUGCAUACUUGCUCAAAUGACUUGUGAAUGGUGGGUGCCCCUCUGGCUAAAUCAGUCAAUAGGGCAUUGUAAUAAUAUCCCACAACACAUUUAUAUAUUUCAUAGAAAUUAGAAAGCACAUAGUAGCCUAUUUAUAAAUUUGACAGACUUGCCUGUUUUUUUUUUUUUUUUUUUUGUAUUGUAUAUUUUACCAUACUAGCAGGGCUGACCUGUUCCUGCUUGCCAUCCAAGCUAACCAUUUAAAUCGGUCCUUUAUCAGGGUUGUGUCCAGAUUGCCUCCUUUAUUCAAUAAGUGAUCAAAUCACCACCUCUUGUAAUGGAACAAAGUACAUUUUUGAAACUGGAGUUUGCUUUGUGGUUUAAUGGUCACAUUUUAAUACAUUCUUUAUCACCUGUAUCUGAACUGAUUUGCAGCACAGCACUACUGUACACAACUGCUACCAAGUACAAUAUAGUACAGUACUGUAUACUCUGUUCUAUUUACAUAGUGUUGAGUGCAGUUGGAAAUGACCACAUAAUUCCUAAAGGUGUUCUCGAAUCGCCCUAAAGAAAGUUCAGACUAUUUUGUAAAACCUUCAUAUUUAUAUUCCUAAUAAAUAUCGCUAUUAGAAUGAUGUUUCUGACUGGUUUGCAAUACUUUGGUUUCAUAUGUGCUUUGUGUAAAGAAAACUGUAGCAGUUUUUAUACCAGUGUCAGUAUUAGUAAAGUUAGUUGCUUCCACUGCACCUCCACUUGUAUAUCAAAAAAGUGAUGUGCUCCUGUUGAUCGUCUCUGUAUGGACAUUAAACAUACUAGUUGCAGCAAGUUCCCAAUCUUGGUGUGUCUUAACUAACUGUGAUGCUUUGUUAAAG